AUGAAUACGAGGUCCGGAUCGAAUAAAGAAGAAGUUAAAAGUACUUACAAAGGUGCUAUCGAGAAUCAGGCUUCGUUAAAAGAUAACGACAGGACGCUUGUACCUGGUUUCGGCGAUUCCGACAAUUCUGGCGAUUCCGACGGUUCUGGCGAUUCCGGAGACAAUACCGUGAAAGAGCGCGACGCCGAACUUACCCUUAAGCUGCAAGGAAAAUUAGGUUGCAUAUAUCAAAAAAAUGAAGAAGAUGUAGUUACUUACCCGAAUAGAGUGAAAUUAUUGGGCAAACAAAUAUUGGAAGCGUAUAAGUCUUGGGAAAAUACUGCUCCCGAUCAAAAUAUUAAAGCGUCAUUAGAGAAGGAUAUGAGCAAAUGCUUUAUUAGAGGAUUAAAACCCGAAAUUGAACAAAGAAUCACGAGAAAUUUAAGUGUUCAGGAGACAGUAUCCGACGCGUUACGAAUAGAAAGAGAACUGCGUUCAAUAACCGACCUACGACAGGGUAAAAAUAACACCUCAGGGCAACUAUCAAUUAUCAAUCAGUCAUGUGAAACCUGUCAAAUCUGCUACAAAGAAGGACACUCUGCUUCUAAGUGUAGAAAGAUGAAUCAAACUGUUCAGAACCUUGAUAAAAUUAAUUUAGGAACGGAAAUUUUAAUCUGCCAAAUUUGUAAAAAACGCAGACAUUCUGCUGACAAAUGUCGAUUCCGCAAUCCUCAAAAUCGACAAUCCGUCAAAUUAAUACACCAAACUAAUAUUAUUUGCCAGCUGUGUUCCAAACCCGGUCAUAAUGCUAAAUCCUGUCGAACUAAUAGGACUAGUAGCCAAAAUAAGCCUUCGGUAAUUUGUCAAUGGUGCGAUAGAUUAGGGCAUAUGGCUAAUAAUUGUUGGAAAAAGCAGAAUGAACAGCGUAACACGGAAAAUAAGCCCAGACCCACCCGUCAAAAUUGCAAUAAUUUUGGGCACACCGCGAGAGAUUGUCAAUCUAACUCGAGGGCAAAUGUGGCGCCUAAAGAUACAGUAACGUGCCGUUAUUGCAAAGAGCAGGGGCAUCUCCUUGAGAAUUGCAAACUACGAAUUGCAAGUAAUAAUCGAAGGAAAGCUAACGAUUCGGGAAAUGCGAGCGGGCCCUCAACGUCGGGUGUGCAGCAGGGGUCCGGAAAGAUCUCACACCCGCCGGGAGCCCAAAAGACCAAGUGA